AUGUCGACGUUGUCGCGGCCGUUUUGCGGCGGAGCGGCGGCGCCGUCGGAGACGGUGGGGAUGCCGGGCUGUGACACUACCUGCGGCAACAUCAACGUGCCGUACCCGUUCGGCAUGGGCCCGGCGAGGUGCUACCACUCGGCGGGGUUCAACCUCACCUGCGACCGAAUAAGCCACCCACCGCGGCUGCUUCUCGGCUACGACGGCACACUCCAGGUCACCGAAAUCACCCUCUGGAGCAGCACGGUGCGCGUGGUCCGCGCCGCCACCCGCGCCAUCAUAAAAACCACCUCCUCGCAGGACCGGCGGAACACGGCCUUCGGCGCUAGUUUCACGGGUGCCAACAGCGGCGUGGCCGUGGCCGUGGCGUCGCCCUACAAGCUGUCGCGCGGCAACGAACUCAUCCUCACGGGGUGCAACGCGCUCGCGGAGCUGCUCGACGGCACCGGCAACGUCGUCAGUGGCUGCGCCUCUUUCUGCAGGCUUACCGGGGCCGCCGGGCCAAGAAUAUUCCUCGACGUGCCUUGCUCCGGCAGCGGGUGCUGCCGGGCGCCCAUCUACAACCCGGUCGCCCCCGGGGAACUGCAGUUCAGAUGGCUCAACGGGAAGAACCACUCCCAGGACAUGGCGGCGCUGCCCACGUACGUUUUAGUGGCGGAGGAGGGGUGGUUCGAUCAGGCCGCGGUAGCCCACCAGCUGAGGACGGGCCAGUCGGUAGCUGAGCUUGAGGUUCCCAUGGUUUUACAGUGGACGGUCAAGCAAGGGCUAGCGGUAGCUAAUUUCUCGCUCACCGGCAAUGGUGGCUGUUCCGGGGAAGUAACCCACAACCUCUGCAAGAGCAAGCACACCGUCUGUGUUAAUCUUGGAGAUGAAGAUGGAUACAUCUGCCAGUGCUGGUUUGGCCACGACGGCAAUCCCUACGUCACAGACGGCUGCAAAGAUGUAGACGAGUGCGAGCAGGCAGAGCAAUACGGGUGCUUCGGCGAGUGCACGAACCUGCCAGGGACGUUCGACUGCCGGUGCCCGCCAGGAACCCACGGCAACCACACCAUACCCGGUGGUUGCGCCAAAUCAACCAAAGAUUUAUCCAUUGGAAUAGGAGUUGGCAGUGGGGCAGCAGUUGUCCUUUUUAUUCUCCUUGCAUUCUUCUUGGGACAAAAACUUAAACAUCGAAGAAAGCAAAUGAUGAAGCGGAAGUUCUUCGACCAAAAUCGUGGUCGUUUGCUGCAACAAUUGGUAUCUCAAAGAGCUGAUAUUGCAGAAAGAAUGAUAAUAACAUUGGAAGAGCUAGAGAAAGCAACAAAUAAUUUUGACAAAGCUCGUGAGCUUGGUCGUGGGGGACAUGGUACCGUCUACAAAGGGAUUUUGUCGGACCUCCAUGUCGUAGCCAUCAAGAAAACAAAGAAAGUGGUUCAAAAAGAGAUUGAUGAGUUCAUCAAUGAGGUUGCUAUACUAUCACAAAUCAAUCACAGAAAUGUUGUAAAACUAUAUGGUUGCUGCCUUGAAACAGAAGUCCCGAUGUUGGUCUAUGAGUUCAUAUCCAAUGGGACGCUUUACGACCAUCUGCACAUCACUGAACCAAGAUCAUUGUCAUGGAAAAAUAGGCUGCGAAUAGCAACCGAGACAGCUAAAUCACUAGCCUACCUUCACACAACUGUAUCAAUACCUAUCAUCCAUAGAGAUAUUAAGUCCGCUAACAUACUUCUGGAUGAUACUCUAGCCUCAAAGGUAGCAGAUUUUGGAGCAUCAAGGUAUAUUCCAGUGGAUAAAUCAGGUGCAACAACGAUGGUGCAGGGCACAAUAGGGUAUUUAGACCCUAUGUAUUUCUGCACAGGGAGACUCACAGAAAAAAGUGAUGUUUACAGCUUCGGUGUCAUGCUUUUAGAACUGUUGACAAGAAAGAAGCCAUUCGCAUAUUUGUCUUCCCAAGGCAAUGGCCUCGUGGCACAUUUUGUUAUCUUGUUUGCAGAAGGCAACUUGUCCCAGUUACUGGAUCCUCAGGUCAUGGAUGAGGGAGGCAAAGAAGUGGGAGAAGUAGCUGCACUUGUGAUAGCGUGCGUAAAAAUAACAGGUGAGGGCCGUCCGUCCAUGAGACAUGUGGAGUUAACACUUGAAGGUCUUCAAGCAUCUAAGGGACAUGUUCUAGAUAAUGCAACGAGUGAUAUAUCUGAGGUGAAUGGUACUGCAACAAACUCCCGAGUGACCACAUCUCUCUCAAACAGAAAGGAAUCAAGCAGACAAUAUAGUAUGGAAGAGGAAUUCAUAUUGUCCUCAAGGUACCCUCGGUAG